GCGCUGACGGGUUGGGCCCCACGGCCUGAAGGAUUCCAGCCCCCAUGGCAUCAAUCCAUUCAUUCACCUGCCGGAUCACACCUUGGAUGGGCGUCCGUCGGUCUCUAAAUAAUAUAUCGUGGUUCCCCGCGGUCGAGAAGUUCCUCAGCUUGAAGAUUUCUCCCCCCUCCAGCCUCCAGGACGAGGUGCCACGCUCAACAUGGCCUGGUCGAUACCCUCAAAGCGCAUCCCCUCGCUCUUGCUCUACCUCAUCGGAGUUGUCGCGGUCGCCUUCGUCCUCUUUGCCUACGCGACCUUCCCAACCCCGGUGCCGGCGGUCCUCCACCAGACGCACCCUUAUCUGGAGGAUAUCCGCAACGAGACCCUGGGGGUCGAGAAAAUCUUCGCGAUCAACCUUCCCUCCAGACCCGAUAAGCGCGAUAGCAUCGUUCUCCGGUCGUCUGUCCUGGGGUUCCACGUCGACUGGAUCGACGGAGUCACGCCAGACCAGCUCAAUGCGCUAGCCUACUCUUAUAACUGGCAUGACGACCUCACAGCGCGCGAAUAUGCCGCCCGACGCGCGCACGUGAACGCCCUACAGCACAUCGUGGACGAGGGUAUAUCCAGCGCCAUCAUCAUGGAAGACGACAGCGACUGGGACGUGACGAUCAAAACCCAACUCCAAAGCGUGGCCAUUGCCCUGCAGGCCCUCCAAGGGACGAGCGCAGCAGCGACAACAUCUCCCUACGGCGACGACUGGGACAUCCUCUGGCUCGGCCACUGCGGGAUUAACUGGCGAUCGAACAGCAGCUAUUUCGCCGCCUCUCACGACCCGACCGUCACACCGACGCAUCACUUCACGCCUGUGUUCCGGGAAUCGCCACCGAUCAACCGAACGGAGGAUACACGUCUCGUCUUUGAAGCCGAGGACGGGGUGUGCUCUUACCUUUACGCGGUGAGCAAUAGCGCAGCGAAAAAGAUGCUGUCUGCCCUGUCGGUCAGCCCAACCGGCAUGAAAGAGGACUUCGACUCGGGGGGGCAGCUGGACAUUACGCUUGGUCGGAUGUGCAGGGCAAAUUUCCUGAAAUGCUAUGCGCCGUUCCCGUCUCUGACUGGGCGACUGAUGACAUCCUCUGAUAUCAAAGACUCUGAUGAAAGCGCGGAACAAGGUCGGGAAAAGAGCCGGACGCCGCCAGGUAGUGCCAACGUGGUGUAUAGCACUUUGUUGAACAUAAAUCGCAUCCUGGAUGGCGAGUCGAGCGUCCACGCGACGUGGGAGGAUUUCCCCGUUCAAGAAAUCCGACCCGGCAAUGUUUCUGUCAUUGGGGGAACGAUGCAUAUCCCUGGGGAAGGAGAAAUAUGGCGGGAGGUUCCAUUUUAUCCGCCUUCGUGAUGCAUCUGCGCUUAUGUGUACAGUACGGAGUUUUGUGUAGCGUUUCAACUCAUUUUUUUAUUAAUGAUUCUAC